AUGCUGGGGAGUGCAACUAAGAGUUUCGCAGACAUAGUAAUGUCCGGUGAAAUAAUAGAUAAUGGGAUAAGGUGCGGAAAGAUAGAGGCUGGGGAAAGCACCAGGAGGUCAGCCCCGAAAAAGAGAGAAAAUGAAGUCAGCAAUGUAAGUAUGGGUUAUACGAAACCAAUCACGGUAAACCAGCCAAAAGCGGUAGCCAUGGGCCAGCAAGUUUCGUCAAGGCAAGAGCCUAAUACAAAGCAGAACUCGGAGAAGCCCCAGUUUACUCCCAUUCUGAUAACGUAUCGGGAGCUGUACAAAUGUUCAUUCGAUGCACACGUUGUAUCCCCGUUCUACUUAAGACCGUUGCAACCCCCAUACCCCAAGUGGCAUGAUGCAAGUGCCCAAUGUGAAUAUCAUGCAGGAAUCACGAGACACUCGAUAGAGAACUGCACUUCUUUCAAAAAGAUAGUCGAAAGGCUCGUCAAAAUGGGUGUUGUGAAAUUCGAUGAUGCACCUGGUGUAGGAAUUCCGUUACCCAACCAUACUGAUAAUGGGGUAAACUUGAUAGUCGAGAAUAUGGGGAGGAAAUUUAAGUUGGAUGUUACAGAAGUGAAAACCCCGUUGAGGGAGGUUUGGAAAAAGAUGGUGGAAAGAGAGUUGAUCACGCAAGACUUGAGGAGCAAAUCCCGAGAGGGGAGGAACUACUGUGAGUUCCACAAUAAGGAGGACCAUGAGAUUAAAACAUGUGAUGAAUUCGGAGCCCUGGUACAAGGUCUAAUGGACAACAAAGAGCUGGAUUUCUUUCAAUUUACUGAGGAGGAAGAUGUAUGCACCUCGGAGGAGGGGUCGAUGGAGAAUGUUUCUGAGGUCAAUCACCCGGUGGUGAUUAUUUCACGACUAAGAAUUAAUGAAGCUGGAGCAAAAAUUACACCGAGAGUUGAGAAAGGGAGUCCGGUCAACACAUCAGAUACAAAAGCCAAGCUUGUAAAAGGGAAGUCCUUGAUGAUUGAACAGGGGGAAGAAAGGUCAGGACCACUGGUUAUUGAGCCUCUAAAUAAGAGGGAAGCUAAGGAAUUUUUGAAGUUCCUAAAACACAGCGAGUAUAGCAUUGUAGAACAUUUACACAAACAACCAACGCGCAUAUCGGUGCUAGCUCUACUCUUAAAUUCGGAGGUACACCGUAAUGCAUUGAUGAAUGUGUUGAACGAAACUUAUGUCACUGAUGACAUUUCGGUAAACAAGCUAGACCGUCUUAUCAGCAACAUAAGUGCUGACAAUUUCAUUUCUUUCAGUGAUGAUGAGAUACCGUCUGGGGGCAUGGUAUCCACCAAAGCUCUGCACAUCACCACUCGCUGCAAGGGGUAUACAUUACCGGGAGUACUAAUUGAUAAUGGAUCAGCAUUAAAUGUCUUGCCCCGAUCCACAUUGAAUAGGUUGCCAAUAGACAGUUCUCAUAUGAAGUCAUGCCAAAACAUAGUGAGAGCAUUUGAUGGCACCAAAAGGAAGGUAAUGGGAAGGAUUAAAGUGCCUCUUCUGAUCGGACCGAACACAUACGAAGUAGAUUUCCUAGUCAUGGAUAUCAAGCCUUCUUAUAAUUGCCUAUUGGGGAGGCCAUGGAUUCACUUAGUAGGGCCAAUACAAUCAUCAUUACACCAAAAGCUAAAGUUGGUGGUAGAGGGCCGACUGAUAACGAUAAAUGUAGAAGAUGACAUUAUUGCAUGCGUCACUAGUGAUACGCCAUAUAUAGAAAAUGAUAAUGAGGCAAUAGAGUGUUCAUUUCGAUCAUUAGAGUUUGUAAACGCAACUUUCAUCGUUGAAAGGGGCAGGGUCCCGAUGCCAAAAAUAUCUGAGGCUAUAAGAAUGAGCUUGCAACUAACAGUGGGAAAAUGA